CAGCUUUAUAGCGCAGCUGUAGCAUUUGGCAGCACCCGUGUCUUCUUGGUAUCUCAUGACGUAGGCUCCUUUUUAUUGUCUGUUGUCAGUGUGGAUGAGAGGUUGUGGUCUGGGUGCUGAGAGAGCAGCUCUGCGAUAGUAAGGAAGCCGACGGCAGCAGGAAUGUAUUUAAAGAUGAUCAAACUCCGUCUCCUCAACACCAUCGCUCCUGCCUACUUCUUCACAGCCACCACGGUGACCUUUGCCCUGCAGUUUUACUUUUUCAUUCCGGCCAUCUUCGAGAACCCCGACGCCCGGAUCAACUCCUCCACCUUGCUCCACGGCGCCUUCUUCCUCUUCCUCAUCCUCAAUGCUCUGGGUAACUACGUCAUGACGAUCCGCUUCCCUGCAGCGAGCGUGCAGGACGCCGGGCCCCUCGUCUGCUCUCCGCGCUGCACUGACCGAGUGGACGCCCACUACCUGCUCAACGGCCGCCACUUCUGUAAGCUCUGCAAGAAAGUGAUCCUGAGGCGGGACCACCACUGCUUCUUCACUGGCAACUGCAUUGGGAACAGGAACAUGCGCUACUUCAUUAUGUUCUGCGUCUACACCUCCACCACUUGCCUUUACUGUCUGGUGCUGGGGGUGGCCUAUCUCACUGUGGAGUACUCCAUUUCCUUUGAGAACCCUCUCACUUUCCUCACCCUUCUGCCUCUCUCUGUUGGCUACUUCUUCCUGGGUGCAAUCCCAGGGCUGCAGUUCUUCAUUGUCCUCAUGCUGUACGUCUGGCUGGGGAUCGGUCUGACCUGCGCAGGGUUUUGCUGUCAGCAGAUCCUGCUUGUGGCCCGUGGGCAGACCUGGUGCCAGCUGAGGAAGGGGCAGGUGGUUCAGACACGCAGCCCCUGGAGGAGCAAUCUGAGCGAUGUGUUCGGGAGGCAGUGGGUUCUGGGGCUCUUCCUUCCCGUGCAGACCGUGGGGCGGCUGCAAGACCAUGCUGCUGAUAAAAAAGAGAGCUGAACAUGCCAAUGCCACGUAUGCAAGGUUUCUAUUCAUUUACAACGCUUCUUGUUUUCCGGCACAAUUGAGGCUCCAACAUAAUCAUGAUCAUGUACAGCUCUGGCCAAAAGUUUCGCACCACCCUAUAGAAAAAUUGACAUUUCAAAAUCUAACAUGAAAUACUGUGCUACUAUUAUGGCUUCCGGUAGACUUUUGCAAUAUAAUUUGUAGUUUCUUAUGUGAUGUUAAAUAAAAGAUCUAAUUAUGUUCAUAUUGUUUUUGUUUUUAAACAAUGUCUUAAUCUUAAAAUUCUAGGUGAUGCUGAACUAUUGGCCAUACCGUAGCUGUUCAGUAUAGCAAGGUUGUGACCCAGACAGUGGUGUUUUUAAACUAUUUCCUCUAAAAGAUUUCAGGGAUUUUGUCUUUUCCUGGGAUAUUCAGUUGAAGGCAGAAGGGCUACAAAGUGCAAGAGGAGGGGAAAAAAGCAUUUCCAUUUGAAAGCAGGCAAAUGAUGUAUUUUGGUAUUCUAUGUAAUGUAGAUGUGUAGCACACAACAUCCUAGAAAAAGACUCUUCAUAGACAGAAAUGCCUUAUAAAGCAGCGGCUUGAUCUUUGCAUUUUUUAAAUGAGUGUUUUGCAGUACUGAUUGUAAAUCUCCAGCUUAUCCUUUGAAUGCAAAUGGGAAUGGAAUUUUUCUAUAUGAAGCCUUUGAAACGGAAGCCUAUAUGUAUCUGUACGUGUGGUUUAAAGUUAAAGGUGAAUUGCACAUCUCUGCAGUGCAACCCUCAAUUGCUUUUAUGUGCAAGGAAGCACCAGCUUGGAAAAAACUAACUGGCAGUGCCACUAGAAUACUUUUUUUUUUAAAAUAAUACUGUCUAUUAUUAAUUGAAGAAUUGUUAAUUGCUUGUUUCGCUAGGCUUUUACAGCAUACAAUGCUGUCCUCAAAACAUGCAAUUAGGUGAAUUAGGAGUAAGUGGUUCACUUACAGUGUUGUGGUGUGACAAAUAGGCUUUGUCGGCAAAAUAAAACCCAAAGCAUUCUCCAUUUAAGGCCGUUACAUAUUCGAAGGGAAUGCAACCUCAGCUAACAACUCAAAUGGCUCCUGCUGCUGAAAAGAAAAUCAGAAAAUGAUCUAAUUUCACGCGCUGAUACUUACACCCUUCUUUUAGUUUUCUUCCUUCACAUUAUGCAUUUAUACAGUCUAAUUAGACAAGGUGUUAGGAAUACAUUAUUUGGGAUUAUUAUACUAUUACCUGAAAGUGCAACAUCAGUUUCAACGUUUUUUUUUUUUCAUGUUACAACAAGAAGUGUAUCAUUCCAGAACCACAACUCAGAGCUAGCAUUCCAGCAGUUUCAGUGCUAUUUUGUCAAUUGACUUGGUGCUGAAGCAUAUUUAAAUACAUUUUAACAGUAUUCAAAACAUUUUCAUACAGUAUAUGGGUGUUUUCAAUUAAUAGCAUUAUGUGUUCUCAGCAGAAUCUGUUGUUAUAUAGCUUAUUGUGGUCAUAAAAUUAGUGAAAAUGUGGGCAGUUUUUUCAAUACUCAGCUUCUGAAUAAUGCAGUUAAUGUUUUUUCCUAAGAAACAAAG